AUAUAAGAAUUAUAGUGUUAACUAUUAUAUAAGUAUAAUUCAUUUUAUUUAAAUAAUUACACACAUAAAAGAGAAAAUAUAAAGUGUCUAAGGUACACUUUCCACUAAAAUAAGUAUAGAUACAUAUGAAGUAUUUUAAAGAAAGAACAGUUAAUAUAAUAAAAGUUAUAUAACUAAUAACUGAGCUAAAGAAGAUGCUGUCUAAAUGUAUACAAUAUCACAGAUUUAGCAGAAUAAAGACUAUAUCUUUUAAUCCUAUCCAUAUUUCUUAUCGAUAUGCUAACAAUAAUUAUAUUGUUCUUGGUAUUGAGACAUCAUGUGAUGAUACUGGCACUGCAAUAAUUGAUAAAAAGGGAAAUUUAUUUGCUGAAACCCUAUUGUCACAAAAUGUUAUACAUCUCCGAUAUGGUGGUGUUAAUCCAUUGAUUGCCAGAGAUCUGCAUCGUGAUAAUAUAGAACGAGCAGUAAAUGAAACAUUUAUGAAAGCAAAAUUGCAAUUUCAAGAUAUUGAUGCAAUUGCAGUAACCGUCAAGCCUGGUUUAUUGUUUAGUUUGCAAAUUGGUGUAAAAUAUGCGAAAUAUUUAUCAAACAUAUAUCACAAACCUUUAAUACCCAUUCAUCAUAUGGAAGCACAUGCCUUAGUGGCAAGAAUGUAUAACAAUAUAGAUUUUCCUUUUCUUGCCUUGUUAAUUUCUGGUGGUCAUUGUUUAUUAACAUGUGUAAGAGGUACAGAUGAUUUUCUUCUACUCGGGGAUACUUUAGAUAAUGCUCCAGGUGAAGUACUUGAUAAAGUAGCAAGAAGGAUGAAACUAAGAAAUAUACCAGAUUAUUCUCAACUACCAGGUGGAAGGGCUGUGGAAUUUGCAGCAGAAAAUGCUGAAACCUUACAUUUAUUUGAAUUUCCUUUACCUCUGCAUAAACUCAGAGACUGUAAUUUUAGUUUUAGUGGUUUAAAAGAUGCAUUUUCUAAACAUUUAUUUAAAAAAGAGCAUGAACAUAAUAUUAAUGGUGAUGAAAUCAUUCCAGAAGUGAAUGAAUUAUGUGCUUCAUUUCAAUAUGCUAUUGCAAAGCAUAUUGUCCACAGGACAGAGAGAGCCUUAAAGUUUUGUGUAUUACGUAAAUAUAUCCCUGAAAAUAAUAGUACUUUAGUAGUAUCUGGAGGAGUUGCAUCCAAUAAUUUCAUUUUUAAAUGUCUGCAAUAUAUGGGGAAUGCAUUGAAGUGUAAUGUUUUACGACCACCCCCAAAAUUAUGUACUGAUAAUGGAAUUAUGAUUGCCUGGAAUGGUAUUGAGAAAAUAAAUAGUGGUUAUUCUCUCACAGAUCAGGAAUUAAUUGAUAUUGACCCAAUUGCACCUCUAGGUCUAAAUGUCAAAGAUGAAGUAAGAUAUGAAAAUAUACAUGUAAAAUCAACAAGAUUAAAAAAUAUGUUUAUAUCAGCCUAAAUAUUUUAUUCAUAUAUUAUAUAAUUAAUAAAAUUUGGGAGAAAUAAGUAGUGACAAAUAACUUUAGUUUUAACAGAUUUAUUUAAUAGUA